GCAGCUCUUCAUCGGCCUGUUAGUGUAGUCUCUCUAGCAAGUUAUAGUAUAGUGUCUCUCUCUCUCAUCGACUGCAGUCGCUGUGAUAUAGGCACGAACGAGGCAGGAUGUGGGCCGUAUUGCUUAGCAAAGCGAUCCAUAGACUGCGGCGGGCUUUCCUUCACCGGUACAAAGUCGCCAGGUCGGCCGGCGAGCUCCUCCCAGUCUUUGAGCACCGUCAUCACAAGCCCGAUGCGACCGACAGCUGGGAUGGGCCGCAGCGGCCACCACCACCCCCUCCUCCUCCCUCCUCUCAACGACGACCUCGGCCUUGUCUCCUCGGUCCUCGUCGGCAUUGGAUCCUUGUGAUCGCCACAUUUUGCCUAAGUAUAGCUGCGAGCUCUGUCUAUCUGCUGUGGAAGCUAGCGGUCUUCGCUAGCAUGCAUAAGUCGGCCUCAUCCUUCUCUCAGCUCUUCUUUGCUGUGGAGGUCUCCUUCUUCCUCGCGCAGUUCGUCUCUCUCGCUGAGUUCUCUCGCCCUGUUGUCACCCGCAAGAGGCUGACUCUGGGGCCAUCAGGCCCCUUCCCCCGGGUCGCGAUCCUAAUCACCAGCUGCAACGAGGAUCCCGACGUCAUCCAAGACACGGUCGUCGCCGCCCUAGCUCAGAACUACCCCCCCGACGCCUACACCGUCUGGGUACUCGACGACGGCGGCGACGACCAGCUGCAGGACUACAUCACCUCGCUGGCGCAAGAGACCGGCCGACAGCUGCGCUACCUCCGCCGGCCUAAGCCCAAAGGCGUGCCCCACUUCUUCAAGGCAGGCAAUCUGAACUACGCUCUGAGAGGCAUACAGGACGAGUUCGUGUCCGUGAUCGACGCCGACAUGAUCGUCUCUCCGGAUUUCCUUACGAGCAUGCUCCCCCACUUCUCCUCUCCCAAAAUAGCCUUCGUGCAGGCGCCGCAAGCUUACUACAACAUCAGCGCGGGCGACCCGCUUAGCGGCAGCGGGAUGUACUUCUACGACAUCAUGAUGCCGCACAGGGACGCCUGGGGCUGCGCGCAAUGUGUCGGCACCGGGGUCGUCUUCCGCCGCAGCUGCUUGACUGAGAUUGGCCUCUUCGUGACAGGGGCGGUGACUGAGGACAUCGGCACCUCCCUCCAGCUUCACUGCCGAGGCUACGACUCCGUCUAUCUUACCCAACCCUUGCAGGUCGGGUUGAUCCCAUGGACCAUGGAUCGAUGCAUCAAGCAGCAGCAGAGGUGGUGCCUUGGGGAGUUGCAGGUGGUUUGGCAGAGGGGUUUACUCUGGGUCCGAGCCGUGGGAUUUGGCAUUCAGCGUCGGAUCAUCUACUUCCAAGCGGUCGCUCACUCCUUCCUGGCUUUCCCCGUCGUAACCCUCCUCGUCCUUGCACAGCUGCUCUGCUUCGUUGAUCCCUACUUGCUGCCACGUGGGUGCACAGAGAAGGAGUACAGAAUGUACAUAACCCUGCUCGUGCCUCAUCUAGUCGCAAGCAAACUGCUGGCACAGGUCGUUCAUCUUCGAAUCGCAGGCUUCCUGACUCGGCAGCAGGUACGCAUCAGAGGCGAGCAGGCUUGGUGGUGGUUGGCUCCGUACAAGUGCAUGGCGGUGCUACGGGCGUUCGUGCCCUGGAUCCCGCGAACCUUCGAGGCGACCGGUAGUCGCGACGAGCCCGCUGGUGCUGCUGCGGCGACCGGUCGGUUGUCAACGCUCGUCGGGCUCUGGAACAACGCUUGUCAAGUUGGCUUUCAUCUUACCUACGUCGUCGUUGCGCUGGUCGGGAUCGCGUGGAGGAUAUACCGACUGGAGCACAGCAACUGCCACGAUCUGAUGAAGUCUGGCCUGUCUAUGUUGUUCCUCUUGUUCACCGCGCAGCAGAUGUCGGAACCGAUCUUCUUCGCGCUCUGGCCGCCUGCUUACCCCACGGAAGACGAUCGAAGGUCCUUGCUCAAGUACCAUCCAGACGGAGUGCCAGUGUUUCAAAAGGAGUUGGGAGUUCCCCCCACGGACUGGCGAGUGCUGUACUUGGAGAUCUUGCCCACCAUCCAGGCCGCUCUGUGGUUCUACUUGCUGUUCGUGGCUUGGCACCCCGAAUACACACCAGAUUACUGCGAAGUCGGCUUCUUCGACGACAGAGGGUUCAGUCGCAUCUGAGUUCUGCCCCGACGACUUCUUCGUCGGAGCAACCAAGUCCCGUCGCCUGCAGUACGGACGAAAAUAUAGUGAAGGGGGAUCAGACUUACGGGGACAGGCGAAGGGUGGUGGGAACAUGGAGAGAGAAUAAACGGGGGCAAAGAGA